UUUUUCCGGCGUAACGCAGCGUUACAAUAUGGGUGCAGGGGCUUCUAGUGAAGCUCUUUUUGAUGCCGUGUGUGUAAACGAUGUAAAUAAAGCAUCGGCAGCUCUCGAGAAAAGAGCAGAUGUAAACGUUGUGUCAAGAAAGAUUAGAUGGUAUGGUGGUGUGUAUGGCCUUCUAUCAGCGUUGCAAGUAGCAUGUGCUGAUUCAUCGAUUGAGAUGGUAGACUUGCUGCUACAACAUCAAGCAAACAUAAACUAUCAUGAGGAAAGGUUUGGACAGACAGCUCUGCAUUGUGCUUGUGUGAAUGGUCAUUUGUCUAUUGUGGAGAAAUUAUUGGCAGCAGGUUGUAAGAAAGAAGCAAGGGAUAGAGAUGGAGUGACAGCUCUGCAUUACGCUUGUCUGAAUGGUCAUUUGUCUAUUGUGAAGAAAUUAUUGUCGUCCGGAUGGGACAAAGAAGCAAGGACUAAUGCUGGACAGACAGCUCUGCAUUUUGCUUGUCAGAAAGGUCAUUUGUCUAUUGUGGAGAAAUUAUUGUUAUCCGGAUGUAAAAAAGAAGCAAGGAAUAUUGAUGGAGUGACAGCUCUGCAUUACGCUUGUCUGAAUGGUCAUUUGUCUAUUGUGAAGAAAUUAUUGUCGUCCGGAUGGGACAAAGAAGCAAGGACUAAUGCUGGACAGACAUAUCUGCAUUUUGCUUGUAUGAAUGGUCAUUUGUCUAUUGUGGAGAAAUUAUUGUCGCGUGGAUGUCAGAAAGAUGUCAAGGACAAUAAUGGAUCAAUACCUUUACAUCUUUCCUGCUCAUGGUAUUCCUGUUAUGAUUCUCAUCUGUCAAUUGUCAAGUUGUUGAUAUCAUCAGGAGCUGAUGUGUCAACAGUGAACAAUAAAGGACAAACACCAUUACAAGCUGCAGAAGAAGAGUUGCACUUAGAGUUUGGUUCACACAAAGAACGUCGUUCUCGAAUUAUUUCUUAUUUGAAAGAAUUGAAUGAGAAUAGUUCUGUUGCAGCUGGAAAUUCAGCAUCAAACAUCACAGAUAGUACAGCUGCAGUUGCUGACAACGAUCAUCCAAGUUGUACAAGCUCCACAGCAGUAGCAGCUUCUGAUCAUUCCUCCACACCAGUGACAGGAAGAACGAGGACCACUACACCCAUUCUACGAUCUCCAACAGAAGUGGUGAGAACGGUAGAUCAGCAAUUGGUACAACAGCAGAUUCAACAGAUAGAGAAACUGACACAAGACGGUUUAGCAAGAGAUAGGCAAAUUGAUGAUUUGAGACGACAAAAUGAUGAUUUGAGACAGCAAAUCACACAUCUACAGGUGUCACUGAGAGACGAGCAACUGCUGAAAGAAGAUGCAGUUGGUGAAGAGAGAAGGGAGAAAGAAGAUCUACGACGACAAUUACAACGAGAGCGAGACGACAAACGCAACGUUCAGAAGGAUCUUGAUGAAGCUCGACAACAAAUUGAGGAAAUGAGCGUCGAGCAGGAAAAUCUUAUGCGAUUACAAAAUGAAGAACAACUAGAAAAGGCUAACAUUUUAGAGCUGCUUUCAGAUGCCGAUGCUGCAAUUGAACGAUACAAGCAAGAACGAGAAAACGAAGUUUUCAAUAUUCCCUCACAUGACAUUCAAUUGACUGGCACAGAACUAGGACGUGGAUCCUAUGGAGCUGUUUGUAUUGGAUAUUGGUGUGGCUGUCCUGUUGCUGUCAAGCGUUUGUAUGAUGAGUUCUCUGGUUAUGAACGAUACAUUCAACUUGUGAAACAAGAAGCGUCUGUAGCAUGGAAGAUACAUCAUCCAAACAUUGCUGCUGUUUGUGGUGUCACUCUGGAGAAAGAAGUCAAGAAGGCGUGGAUUAUCAUGGAAUUACAUAGCGGCUCCGUUUCUAGUGUGAUCGAUGCAUGCCAAGAAGAUGCCACACCUCUCACUUUACGAGAAAAAGUUGACAUGGCACAUGAUUCUUUGUGUGGAUUGGAUCACAUUCAUUCGAUGCAACCCAUGGAGAUUCUCCACGGUGACAUCUGUCCAAGGAACAUCCUGGUAACUGCAACGAUGAGAGCCAAACUGGGUGAUCUAGGAGCCGCUCGUUUUCAAGAUGCUUCACUAUCAGCCGGCCUUCUCAGUCCAGAAUACACAGCACCGGAGAGAUUUGAUGCUCCAGCUCUACCAAAAAGCAAGGAGACCGAUAUGUACAGUAUGGCAGUGACCCUAUGUGAGCUGUUCACUGCUGUUACUCCAGACCGUCGAAAAAGAAUGGAUCAAGUCUUACUCAUCCGUCAGCUGAACGUCCGUUCCUUAUGUAAACACUUGAUGAGAGAUAAUCCUGCCACACGACCAACAGCAGCCGAAUCUCGCAAUAUCAUUGGUCGUAUUCGUGUGAAAGAGGAGUAUAAAGCGUGUCCUCCUAAACGAAUGGUAAAGGGCAAGAUGGAUGGAGUCGAUGUCACUCUUGUUCAGCCCACCUUAUGAUGUGGACAUGUCACUGAACCACAUGAUUGUAUUUUUUACUUGAUAUCAUUUCUAUGUUCUUACACAUUGUGACAACAUUGCUUAGCAAUAGGAAUAAACUAUGUUUGUACUCUGUAUUUUUAGAUCAACCAGACAAGUUUGAAGUAGCGUUUUUCAGUGUUUGAACUUUGAUAUUGUUAUUGGCAGGUUUGAUGUGUACACUUUUGUCACGUGUUAUGAUAAUAGGGUUUAGUAUUUUUACAUUUCCUGUUGUUAAUAAAUUUUCUGUUGACAUGUCCAA